AUGAAGGUUGGUGUCCAACUUCCAUCUUCUUCUGCACUGAAUUAUGCUAACAAUGCUGAUGCUGACAAUAAAGAAAAUAUGACUACUCAGAGUCCUGAAGAAUCAGAAACAAUGGAAAAGUACGACAAGGAAGAAGAAAAUUGUAGAGGCAAUAAAAACUUUGGGAUGGUAUUAGAAAGGCGUAAUGAAAGUGAGCAGGUUGAGACAGGAGAAGAAGAGUAUAAUGACGAAGAGGAAGAGGAUGGAGAUGAGGACAAAAAUGAAAAUGGCGAUUGCAAUGUCAAAACUACUAUUAACUAUAGCAUUAAAACUGCAGACGUACUGUCAUCGUAUAAUAUAUCUUCAGUCCAAAGUAAUUACAAUCAAAAAUCACAUGUAUUAUCUUUACUUUCUGACAGAUUACCUAAUGUUGCUAAACCAACAAAAGCCCCUUUUAAUACUCCAGUUGUUAGCCCCCUAACUUCCCCAAAUGCAAAAGUUAAUCAGAAUGAAUCUAGGAAUAUUGUAUUGGCUCCUAUCUUGGAUAAAUUUAAUUCUACACCUACCGCUAGUCAUAAUCAUACUGUCAAUAAAAAUUACCAACAGCAUAUACAACAACAAAAAAAGCAGACAGUUAGUUAUGUAAGGAGCAUUCCUACUACAGAAAAUAAUAUAAACAAUAGCAUCAUUGCUGCCAAUAAUACUAAUCAUGGUGGCUUGUCUUUGCCUGGUAUUAGUGAGCUACUAAGAAAAGAAAAAAUCAAAGAUUUUAUUGACACAUCCAUUCCCGAUAGCUCCACUAUGAAUACCAAUAUUGUAUCUGACUACAAAAUUUUAAAUAAUUCACCAAUACAGAGGGGGAAAUCAUUAUCACCAUUUCCACAAGCAUUAAUCAAGAAAAGUGUGUUUUGUUCAAAUAACUCAAAUUGUAAAAUGAAAGGUAUUAGCAUUUCUAAUAUGGAUAAUACAAUUGAAACAGAUUACAAUACAUUAAAACCACCUAGUACGCCUUUGAUACAAACUUUAGGUACACCUUCAAAUAUUAGAAAAAGGGAAUAUUCCAAUGAUAUCGAUAUUACUAGUGAUAAUAACCAGACAACUAAUCUGCCCAUAACUGAUAGAUAUAUAAAAAUAAUAAAAAGCAAGACUAAAAACCAAAAAGAAAACAAUGGAAAUACUAGUAUUGCCACUACUUCAGAAUAUUUAGAUAAUAGUAAUAAUAAUUCUCAUGGUAUUCAUAAUAAUAAUAAUAAUAAUAAUAAUAAUAAUAAUAAUAAUAAUAAUAAUAAUAAUAAUAAUAAUAAUAAUAAUAAUAAUAAUAAUACUCAUACUCAUACUACACACAAUAGUAAUGAUAAUAAUAUAAACUCCAAUAACUUAAUAAUUAAUAAUAAAUUCAAUUGCAAUGAAUUAACUCCCAAGCGAAUACAUAUAAACAGUUGUAAAAAACUAACUGAUCCAUAUGUUUCUACCGAUUUACCACUAGAUCAUAAAAUUAGAAUUUUUGCUCCGUCUUCAAGCACUUUUAUUAGACCAGGCAGCGAAUACAAUGAAUCUCAAUUGGAAGAGUCUACACAUGGUAUUGAUGUUAUUGCGAAUGAUGACAGCAGUUCAGUAAAAACAAACCUAAUUUCAAUGUCCUCCUCUUCAGCUAUGUCAAAUAUAAUAAAGCCAAUUAACCAUAAUAACGUUUUUCUAAAUAACAGCAAUAUUGAACAUAAAAACAUAAGGGUCAGUCGGGAUAGUCGUCACAUCAUGGACGAAAAAGUGGAAAUUAACUCCUUUGAUAAUAAAAAUAAAAAGCAAAGUAGCAAAAACAGAAAUUUAUUUGUUAUGAUAAAUCCAGAUAGUAGCAUAAAUAAUAGCCCAGUAAUAAGUAGGGAUGAUAGAUUUUCGCAAGGUUUGAUUCUUUCUAAUGAUAAUACCACACAUUCAGUAAUAAAUACAGCCGAUAACGCCAUCAAUGAGGAUACAACUUUUAGACAUCAUGUUUUCCAACCACUAACUAAAUUGGAGGAAACUAAAUCAAGAUUAUUAAGUUCUAGUGAAUUGACAUCUAUGUCUAACGAAAAAACUUUAAAGCGAGCAACGAACACUAAUUCUGCAGUUGCUUAUAUGCAGCCGCCUACAUCCACAUCAUCAAAUUUAGAAUUUCAUGAUUCUCUUGAUAAUGAAGAGGAAAUUUUAGGUGCUACCAUUAUUUCAAAUAUGAAAUCUUCCUUGUUUACACAGCAUAAUUCUUUUCAAUUGAAUACCACGUCAACUGCUAAUAUUUAUAACACUUCUACAAAUGGCUUUGAUAUCACAAACUCUAGUCUAGGAAAUACUACACAAACCGCAUCAUCUUCGAACCUACUGCAAUCGCAAAGUGUAACAAGUUCAUCUUCGCCUGUAAUGGGGAAUAACAAAUCAUCCCUGCUUUCAGGUAACACACCGACUUUGCCUACCAGCGCUAAAGAUAGGAAUAGCUCUGCAACUGCCCAGUAUAACAAAAUUUUAAGCCUUAGCAAUACAUCAACCAAUCUAGCCCCCAAAAAUAAAACUACUAGAAAUAAAACAACCAAUACUAGAAGAAAAAGGUCUAGAAAUAUAGGGAAACAGGUUGUUGGCAAUACUAGUACUGCACAAAAUGAAUUUGGAAAGGAUAUUCAUUAUCUUCCCUUUAAAAAAUUGAAAUUGCAAAAUAAUACUAUAGAUAAUGGUAGUAACAAUGAAAACGAUAACAAAAACGAAUUAGGAACUAAAGAUAUAGAAGGCGUCGAGACUUUAUUAACAGCAGCAGAAUUGCUACAACAUCAAGCCCCUUUGGAAAAUGGGAAAGACGAUAAAUGUAAGGCAGUUGGAAACAACAGCAACCGUAAAAACCCAAGUAAUAAUGGCACAUAUACUACCGCUACUAAUAAUUCCACACGACAUACUUCCCAAGGUUCCAGAUCAAGAACUGGGUGCUGGAUUUGCAGAUUAAGGAAAAAGAAGUGUUCAGAGGAAAAGCCUCAUUGCAGCAAUUGUACUAGAUUGAAUUUAAAUUGUAUCUAUAGUUACGAAAAGCCGGACUUUAUAACAAAAAUUGAACUGAAAAGUUUAAAAUUGGAGGAAAUUAAAAAAAAGACAAAAGAGGCCAAACGCAACGCAAUGAAGAAGAAGAAGCCAUAA